UAUACAUUUAAAUUGUGCACUAACGUCCUUCCUUACUUCGACUAUAUAACACAUACGUAUUACUUUUAAAUUUACAUUGCACGCAAAGUAUUCGUUAUCAACAAAAUAUAUCAACAUGGAUGACUGGAUAAAGAACUUUAGUUUUGUGGUGGAAUAUUGUGGAAGAUGCAAGCCUGAAUAUUAUAAUAAAUUCUUCCAUCCGAAUGUUUGUCACGUUUGUAAGACGACUAAAAGUGGCGAUUUGAUACCGUGUAAUAAAUGCCGCAUGAUCUUUUACUGCAACAAUGAACACAGACGGGAGCACGCUUCACAUCACAUGGAAUUGUGCCAAUAUUUGACACAAUUCUUAAAGGAAAAGGAGGAUUGGGGGAACACUCGUUAUGCACUCACGUCCGAAUGGACGCAGUCAAGAAAAGAAUUUUUGCACACGAUCAAGACACGACUGCUACGUAAAUUAAAGCCGUAUGAAGAGGAAAUGAUUAUUUUCGCAAAAUCGUGUGUUCAUUGUCAUCAACAGAUUAAUUUAAAUACUUGCCAAACAUGCUAUUCCGAUAACUAUUGUAUUGGUCAUUUACAAGAGUUUAAGAGUCAACACGAAUCAAAAUGCAAGAUGUUAAUGUUAUGUCUCAACCUAGAUAUCAGAUAUCUCAGUUUUAAUUCAUUUGAAAACAAAUUUUCUUCUUUCAAUGCUAAAUCACCUGUUGGUGACAUGAAGACAUUCAUUCUACAAUUUGUGCGAUGUCCUACGGAAAAGAACAUAGAACGGUUGCUGAGAGAUGAUUAUUACUAUUCCGAUUACGUAUCAGGACCGUUGACAUUGUGUUAUGGAAUGAAGGACGCCGGUUUAUUAGAUUUUUCAAUCAAAGAGCAUACAUAUAUUAUUCAUGUAAUAGCAGCAAAUCAUCUUGAUCUACUAUAUGUGAAAGCUUGGGAACUUUUCCUGCAUUGUUUACGUUAUGUAAAAAAGUUAACAAUUUUACUGAUAGGUCCAGAAUUAGAGAACAGAAAUAGAAAUAUUAAACUUUGUUAUCUGUGCACAUCACGUAGACGAACGCUAUGUUUCGAAUCUUAUAGUAUGUCGUACAUCCAGUAUAUGAACAGUGCGUCGUAUACGCGACCAAAUGUGAUUAUGGGAAUUCAUGCAGAUUUUAAUAAUUGGAAGACAUGGCCAACAUCUAUAUUAAAAUCACAGAUUAAUACCUGUCCAUGGCUUUUAACUACAAAAUCAGAAGAUAAAGCAAAACUUAACAUGCAUGUUAUAGAAGAGGUUCUAGGUGAAUCUGUAAGAUCUGUAUGUACCAAAAAUAAAUUUGCUUCCAUUAGACCAUGGAGAGACGUUGAGACCGGUUAUGUGAGUUAUCGCAAUGAGUAUAUAACUAUCUAUAACUAUCUAGAAGCUUUAGAGAAGCCAUAAUUAAGAAUUCGAAGCUCUGGUAAAGUAAUAUUGCUGUGAUAAUAUCACUUUAAUAACAUUAUUGUAAGAAACAUUAUUGUAUCUAUAAAAUAAAUUAUUUUGCAUAAAUGAAUUGAACAUACUUUUAAUAAAAAGCACGUUUAAUUAUA